CCGGAUUUUUAGUAGACUAAGAAACUGUUUUAGAACGUUUUACACUAUCAACUGAAAUAUUGGUCCAUCAAUGAAUUUGUUUAAAUCAGAAUGUCUUUCCAGGCACGUAGAAUUAAUGUCUCAAUCCUAUUUUAAAAAUGAUUAAUUUGCUGCAGAAAAAUCUAUAUAAAUUACGGAGGUAAUUAGUUGUAUCAGCUCAUCAGUUCCAGCAGCUAAAAAAAACUUGUCAUGGCAUUCACAACACAGCACAAAUGCAUCUGCUUCAUAUUUGUUUUCGGAGCUUUGGCUUCCGCAGCCAUAGCUCGUAAUCUCCAAGAUGCAUCAAUGCAUGAGAGGCAUGAACAAUGGAUGACUCGUUUUGGCCGUGUUUACCCAGAUCCUAACGAGAAGGAAAUUCGUUAUGAGAUUUUCAAGGAAAAUGUACAGCUCAUUGAAUCCUUCAACAAAGAUGCAAGCAAACCAUACAAGCUGGGGAUAAAUAAAUUUGCAGAUCUUACUAAUGAAGAAUUUAAAACCUCAAGAAACAGAUUUAAAGGUCAUAUGUGUUCUUCACAAGCUGGUCCUUUCAAAUACGAAAAUGUCACUGCAAUUCCAACUACCAUGGACUGGAGAAAGAAAGGAGCCGUUACACCCAUCAAGGAUCAAGGCCAGUGCGGAUCUUGCUGGGCAUUUUCGGCAGUGCAAGCAGUAGAAGGAAUUACUCAGCUAUCAACUGGUAAAUUGAUCUCUCUUUCCGAGCAAGAGCUUGUGGAUUGCGAUGUUAAGGGAGUGGAUCAAGGUUGCGAAGGGGGUUUAAUGGAUGAUGCCUUUAAAUUCAUUUUACAAAAUAAAGGCUUAACCACCGAAGCUAACUAUCCCUACGACGGAUCUGACGGAACAUGCAGUACCAAAAAGGAAUCCAACCCUGCAGCUACUAUAACUGGUUUUGAAGAUGUGCCAGCCAAUAAUGAGGCAGCACUGAUGAAGGCCGUUGCACUGCAACCAGUUUCCGUUGCCAUCGAUGCUAGUGGUUCCGAUUUUCAGUUUUACUCAAGUGGAAUCUUUACAGGGGAAUGUGGAACUGAACUAGACCAUGGUGUUGGUGCUGUUGGGUAUGGAGAAAGUAACGGAAUGAAGUAUUGGCUAGUGAAGAACUCUUGGGGGACAGAAUGGGGCGAAGAAGGGUACAUAAGGAUGCAGAAAGAUAUUGAUGCAGAGGAAGGACUCUGCGGGAUAGCGAUGCAGGCAUCUUAUCCCACUGCGUGAAGCUCGCGAUGAGAAUCACAGAACAAGAAAUCUAAUAGUACAUGUAAAAAAAUGUGUGUAUCUCCUUGGUUUAGUAUUUACGAUUCAGUGUGAAUUAUCUCUGCUAUAAGGUGUACAGUCCUUGUAUCUGGUACGAGUUUGUAUAUCUGCAACUAUCAUGUAAAUUAUACAUAUGUUGAUAUCUCA